UAGGGUGCAAGAGGUCUGCAAAUAAGUCUGCGGCUGUGGUGUUCGCCUCUUAACAGCUACUAAGUCUGACGCAAGCUAGCGGAGGCAGAGGGACUGGCACGGAGUAGAGCAAGCCUCUCAGCAGACAAUUGGAACAGGAAGCAAGGAAGGAAAGGGUCUUUCACCCGGAGGAAGACUGGCAAACUCAUUGGGAUUGUGACAAGACAGCCACACAUUAGCUCCAGGGACCACCCAUUACACAGACGAUAAAGACACAAAAAGAAGCCAACUAAGGACACAGUAUGAACAACACCCUGUCCAACACCACCUCCUUCAAGUGUGUUCGGGAUACCAGCAUAACAGCUGUGGUUUUCCCCUGCCUAUACAGUGUCCUCUUUAUAGUUGCUCUGAUAAUGAACUCCCUCGCUGCAUGGAUCUUCUUCAGUAUCCAAAGCACCUCAACAUUUCUGGUCUUCCUAAAAAAUGUGGUGGUGGCUGACUUGCUCAUGACUCUGACCAUCCCUCUGAAAAUCUUAACGGAUGCAGGUGUGGGUUCCUGGCAGCUACGCGCCUUCCACUGCCGAUACUCUGCGGUGCUCUUCUACAUCACCAUGUACAUCAGCAUCCUCUUGCUGGGCCUCAUUAGCUUGGACCGUUACCUGAAGAUUGUCAGGCCCUUUGGGAAGUGUGCCCUUCAGCGGGUCCGUGUUGGUCAGAUACUAAGUGUAGCUGUUUGGGUGGUAAUGCUAUCAUUAGCGUUACCCAACGUUAUUCUAAGUGACAAGCCGCCACGGCCGUCUGGAAACCAACUGAAGUGCACGUCCAUGAAGAGCCCGGCUGGCUUGCUGUGGCAUGAAGGUUUCAACUAUUUCUGUCAGGUCAUUUUUUGGGGGACACUUGCUUUGAUGGUAGUCUGCUACACAUUCAUCAGCAAGAAGGUUUAUGAGUCAUACAAAGCCUCAAAGAGUAGCUCUCGGGCUGCCAGUCGCAAAACCAAAGCGAAAGUCUUUGUUGUAGUGGGUGUGUUUUUCAUCUGCUUUGCACCAUUUCACUUCGUCCGGGUUCCCUAUACCCUGACCCAAACACGGAGCCCAACAAGUGACUGCAAGGCUCAGAAUGCCGUCUACUUUGCCAAGGAAACCACCCUGUGGCUUUCAGCAACAAAUGUAUGCCUAGACCCGCUUAUCUACGUGUUUCUAUGCAAGGUGUUCAGGAGAAGACUGACUGCCGCACUCUGUAUUAAGUCCCUCCAAAAAGGUAUUGACUCUCCAACAGGCACAUCAACGCAACUGGAGAUCUCACAAAUAGCCUACAGUAAAAGGCUGUCACACAACGGCACGUCAGAACCCAGUGAGCAGUGCACACUGGGACACAAUUAAUAACACCCUGGAAGAAUGUUUAUUUUGUAUAUAGUAAUUCCUCCUAAUAAGACGGUUGUAAAAAAACAAAACAUGUAAAAAUGAAUGCAAGUUUAUAAGAAACUGAUGAGUAGACAAUGUGUCAAAGAAGAAAAGCCAAAAAGUUUCACGUGCGCAAUGACUACUGCUUUUCAUACAGUACCAACCAAGUUUCUUUGUUUUUUUGCUAAGUCAUCCAUCACAUUUCCUUGCUUGCACUUGCUGUCAUUUACAUUUCCUCCUUUCUAAUCUUACAUAAACCGCAUUUUCCCUUUGCAAAAACUUUGACUAUGUGGUGAAGAUCUUGACAGCACAAAUUUUCCAAGGAUUAGUGACAAGGGACUGAAUAAUAAUUGAAAAAAAGAAUAAUAGACUUUAACAAACACUGCUUCCAAUAAUUAAAAUGUGACUAAUCAUUUUAAUAAAAAUGAUAUUUUUCAUGCUGUAA